AUGGGCGAUGAGAAGGAUGAUGACGGAGGCGGUAGUGAGGGUGAGGAGCAGCCGAAUGUGCAAAUAGUUUCGAACUUGCCUGUGAAUGAAAAUGAAGAGGAUGACGGUGAACCCAAGAAAACUUAUAAGAUUCAUUCCGCUGAGGAUUUCAAUAAAAUUAUAAAAACACCUGUCGCGUUAGAAAAAUAUUACGGAAAGAUGGAAAAAAAAGCAUCCAAAUUUGAAAGGAAAGAUAAGCCGGAUGAAGAGGAUAGGAAGCAUAGGAAGGAAAGCAGAGAUAUCGCAGCCGAGCUGAAACAGGAUGAAUCUUGGCCAUUCUUCCUCCUCUCUUUCAUCAACCUAGCUAUUUGUGCCGGCAACAGUUAUGGAUUGCAUAUUCUGACAAGGAAGCAUCGCCGAUACGUCGCCUACUUAUCGCUGCUGGAAGGGUACGAUGGCGGCGGCUUCGAGUACCAGAUUUUCUACGUCAUGUUCUCCACGGCAGUCGUGUCGGCCAUGGGUUUCUUGAUAACGAACGGGAAAUUGUUUGGAUCGGCGAAAGGAUUGCUGCGUUACAUGAUAUACAUCUACGUCGGCUGGUCUUCUGCUAUGCUUGUCGUGCUCGUUGGCACGCUCGGCGUUACUUACCUGCUAACGUUUGUUACAGAAGAUCUCUUCCAGAAAGAUUGCCCAUUCAUCGUUAAAAGAGGAAAUAAAUUGAAGGGUUACAGGCAGGCAAUGCUGAAGUUCAGCACGAGUCUGACGAUACAGAGAGCAAUCCACAAGAUGCACAACGUUUUCAAAUGCUGCGGCUUCCUCAACUACUCGGAGUGGCUCGAGAUGACCUGGUCAGAUAAAAUUUCAAGAAUGGAUCUGGGUCUUCCGAAGAGUUGCUGCCUACCAGAAGCGGGCAGUCAGUGCGUUCAUCUCGUCACUAAACAAAACACGGAUAAACUGACUCCUAUAAAAGUUGGUUGCAAAGCGAAGUUGACGUCCAUCAUGUCGAAGUUCCUAUGGAGGGUGAUCGUGUUUGUCGGAGGGAGCGCCAUUGCCAUCGUCCUCUGCAUCAUCGUCUCCAUGCUCAGCGUCAAGGUCAUCAGGGACAUCGACAAAUUGAUUCUCGAAGAAAAAUCUCGCCAGAUGGCCAUCAAGUGGUUGAUGCAGAAGCAGAAGGAAGAGGAGGAGGCCAUGAGAGAGAAGGCUGAAAGACAGCGAAGACAAUUGGAAGAGUUUAACAGGGCGAAAGCAGCGGCCGCAAAAGCCAGAGCCGACAGAAUCGCUGCCCUGAAAAUAAAAAUGGAGAAAGAAAACCAAAACAAAGCUCUACAUGAUCAAGUCAAACAGAGUCAAAAUAUAACAAAAACGCAAGAAGCGGAAUUGGGACUUUCCACUCUCGCUCCUCGGUCACCGACCGCUGCACCUGGCGAUUCCUCGUCCAUCACAGCUGGCCUGGAAUCCAUGCCGGGAAUGUCCAUCCUUCCCGGAGCAUCGAAGUUGUUGGGAGCUCUCAAGAAAUUAGGAUGA